AUGGCUGAACCAAGUGUCAAGAGAUUAAAGACCAACCUGCCUAUCUGUAAAAUUCACCGACCAUUUGUCGGGAGCAGGGUGAAGCAGAACCUCCCGGCGGUCGUUGAGGAGAGUUUGUGCGGAGUAUCUACAAUGCUUAUGGAGGUUGCUUACAGACUUGAUGCACUGGCCAAGAUAUUUGAGUAGGAUGACAUUGCCUUGCCAAGAGUGGCAGAGUUCUUCCAUGAGCACUCUGAGCAGGAACAGGCGCAGGCUGAGGCCAUGCUGGACUAUCUGUCAGACAGAGGGGGACAGUACUGUAAUAAGGACAUACAGAGGCCAGGCUGUGAGGAGGUGUGUGCAGUGAUCCCAGCCCUCGAGCUGAUGCUGGGCCAGUGGAAGGAGGAGAUGGCUGUGAUGGUGGAGCUCAGCCAGCUGUCCAAGGAGCACAGCGACCCGCACUCCGCCAGCGUGGUCAAGAGCCGCGUCCUGGGGCCACUGGUGCCCCGCGUCAAACUGCUGGGAGACCUCCUGACCAACGCCCGUAGAGUGGGCUGCACCAUUGACCGCUCGGGGGGCUUUGGGGAGUACCUAAUCAACCAGCUGCAGGAGGAGUUGACCAAUGUCUCCAGUGGAUGAAUCACUCACUCACUAGUGUGUGUUUCCAUUAAAGAAGCCUACUUGGUGAGUUAGACUCACAAAACAAGCCUUUCCUGUCAUGUCUGUGUUUUUUUUGUCUGGGCACCUAUAUUGUGUUAUUGCUAGUCAGUAAGACCAAUGUAUUGUAGAAGACACUCCAAAGUCCUCUAUGGAAAUGAUUUCUGAACUGAACAAACAAGGGGGGAUGGCUUAGUUACAACUAGCUUCAUUCUAGAAUGUAAACUGAACCAAGCUAUAGCACUUCUUCCAAAUUCCUAAGCUUGAAUAUCUGCCCUAUUUUGUAAAUGUUUGGUUCAACAUA